UUCGUGGCGCAAACGUAAAAAUAAUGGUCAUAUUCCUCGUCCAAAAAAUUGUUUCAUGGCCUAUCGUGAACAUAUGCAACAUGAAGUUCUUAAAAAAAAUCCUGGAAUGAAUAAUAAACAUGUUUCUGUUAUUGCUGCUGAAAUGUGGAAAAGUGAACCAGAAGAAAUUAAACAAUUCUGGCGUGCUCGUGCUCAACAGUUGAAACUUGAACAUAUGGCUAAAUAUCCUAAUUACAAAUUCGCACCUAAAAAGAAGCAAUCCAAAUCUUCUAAUAAUAAUGGUCUUAAUGGAAUUAAACAAGUAAAUAAUAGUAAAGUUAUUAAAAGAUCUUCCUCUUCUUCUAUGAUGACUAAUGGUGAUUUAUUAAAGAAUCGCGAAUCCCGGGUUGCACCUCUUUUUUGGGGUGGUCAUUAUCGAUCUUCUUCUUCCGAUUCUAUUUGUUCUUGGACAAGUGAUUCAGCACCUUCAACUCCUCCAUCAUUCAUUGAUGAUUCAGCUCACUCUCCUCCCAUGUUUAAUUCUCAUCAAGAUAACAAUAGAUCACCUUCUCCUUUACGUUUUGAAGCUUGUUUAAAAGUUGAAUCUAAUAAUCUUGAUCAACAAAAUGAAUGGCAAAGAAUUUGUGAUAUGCCUUUUGAAAGUGGAUUCUUUCAAGAACUUCUUCCACCUAUGGAAUUCGAUCAACCUAUGCAUGUUGAUGCUCCUUAUUAUGACGGCAUUGAAUGUGGAAGCUUCCUUCAACCUGAUGCACAACUUUUAAAUUCCUUUGAAUUUAAUCCUAUCAUUCCUACAAGUCAUCCUAAUCAUGCUUACCACAAUAAUGCCCUUUACUAA